CAGAUUCUGAUCUAGUUGCUUUCAUUAUUAUUAUAUGACACCAUAUAUAUCAACAACAUUCCUCACACUCUUCUUCUUCUUCUCUUCCCAGUAGAGGGCCCUUGAGAUGGGUUGUUUCCUGGCAUGCUUUGGUUUAUCCAACAAGAGAAAGCGUAGAAAGACCCUCUACAAUGUCCUAGCUGGAGGACACCAAAAAUAUGGAAACUAUGAAGUUCUUGCCACAACAGAAAAAUCCAUUAUUCCAUAUUCUGGUGUCAGAGAUAAGAGAAAGGAGCAGAAUGGUGUCAAAAGCAAGAAGAAGAAGAAAGUUACCUUCAAUUUGAAUGUACAGAUAUAUGAGCCAGAUCCCACUGCUUAUCAGGUAUUGAAUAAUGAAGAAGAAGAAGAAAAUAAGAACACUAAAGCAGAAUCAGAAGGAAAGAGCUCAACUUCUUCCAUCUUGGGAGAAGAAUCUGCAGAUUUGGGAAUGAGAUACCCUUCCAAUUACAGAUACUACAACUGCAGGGAUAACUAUGAUGAGGAGGAGGAUGAAAUUACAUAUGAGGAAUCUGACAUCGAUCUCUCUGAUGAUGAUGAAUUUGAUGAUAGUUGGAGUGAGCAAAGUUUAGAAAAUGAUGAGGCUGAAGUAUAUGACAAGAACAGUGAACAGAAUCAGAGGCCACUUGCUCCAAAUGGUGCUGAUGUGAAAUCCGAUUCAAGUGGACGAGGCCGGAGCAUAAACACGCAUUCUGUUCUAAUCCCAGUGGAGAAUCUCACUCAGUGGAAAGCAAUCAAGGCAAAAGUUGCAUCAAGUAAGCACAGGAGCAAGGAGAAUGUUCCAUUAGAGCAAAAGACAAGCUUGAAUUUGUCACCUUGCAGCUUAGAAUCAAAUGCCCUUCAGUCCAAGCCUCUGUUGCAGGAAAUUGCAGUUGAUGCUAGUCUUUCAAACUGGUUGAUUGCUCCUAAUAAUCAUGUCCCCAAGGCCACAAUUCAUUGUCAAUGAUGCAGCCAUGUCAUUCAGAAACUUGGAAAAUAUCAAUUCCAUUAACAGAGCAAUUUUUAAUUGGUGAAGAUUACACAUGAAGGAGCAAUACAACACUCCCAGACACCAAUUUUAAAGGACGAUGCAGCAAAGCAUGAUUCUUGUUUAGAUUAUUCAUUAAGCAGAAAGACAGUUGGCAUGAUUUCAUCUAGUAUGUGUGUCUAAUUCUUAUACUGUAUUUUGAUUUGUUUUGUUUUGUUAAAGGUUGUGUUGUGAUCAAUGGAGAGUGUGUUUGUCUGUUUAUAUUCA